UUCUGGUCAGGUCACACUUAUUUUGAAGAAUCUAGGCCGGACGUCGUAAUGUUUGUGUCCGCGCGCGAGAGAAGUUGAGUCGGUAUCGUGAAUGUAAAGGCAGUAAAGUAACGUUAUAUAAAGUAAGGAAGUAGUUUAUGCCAAAGUUUUAGCCGAUAGCCGCAUUGGAGCAUUUAACGUAGCAAAGUGUGGUUAGCACGUUAGCAACUAAGCUGUAACUUCCCUCUAUAAGCGCAUGUGCACUUAUUUUUCUACCCAUGACAAGCAAGCUAAUGUUAGCCAGUUUACUAAGCGUAGCUAACUUCACAGGCAACUAAAAAGCCGUCGACGUUUAGCUAGCAGGAGCUAACGUCACCGUUACAUUGUAACGUACUUGUCGUUUUGCUCUCGUACUUUAAGAGAAAAAGUUGCUAGUUAGCAGCCGUUGUUGGGAAUGUCACCUAUGUAUGGUCGCAGUCAUGAAUGGUCAACGAACAUGUCAGACAGCGACUCCGAGGAAGAGCCCAAGCUCCCUCUCAAUCAGUUCUAUCCAUACAUCCGCUGUGCGCUUUGCUGCGGCUUCCUCAUCGAUGCCACCACCAUCACAGAGUGCCUGCAUACAUUUUGCAAAAGCUGCAUCGUGAAGCACUUCUUCUACAGCAACAGGUGUCCCACAUGCAGCAUCGUAGUCCACCAGACCCAACCACUAUACAACAUCAGACCUGACAGACAACUGCAAGACAUUGUUUACAAAAUGGUUCCCUUCCUGGAGGAGUUCGAAAGAGAACAAAUGUGUAAAUUCUACAAAGAGAGAGGGUUGGAAGUGCCAAAACCAGUGGUGGUCUCCCCUUCGGUUCCUGUUGUGUUGAAGAGGCAGAAGAAGGAAACCAUGCCCCCGUCGGUGUUCACCAUUCCUCCCGAGCUCGAUGUAUCUCUGCUGCUGGAGUUUGUUGGGGCUGAAGAGGGCAUCGAUAACUACAAGCCAUUAGAGAGGCGGUACGUCCGUGUGUCGGGCGAGGCCACGGUCCGCCACGUGGAGCUGUUCAUCAGGAGGAAGAUGGAGCUGAGCUCUACCUGCCAGGUGGAUGUGGUUUGUGGAGAUCACCUCCUAGAUCACUACCAGUCCCUCAAAGACAUCCAGAACUCUGUGGGUGAAGAGGCACUACAGGAUGGUCUGUUGGUGCUGCACUUCGGCCUGGUCCUGCCCUCCCAGUCUUGAUCACGAGAGGUGGAUGUAGUCCAUUCCUGAGGAGAUAAACAGAAUGUUUUGACUUUGUUUCUGAUCAUAUGACUUCUCAUACUGUGAAGUAGUUUCUACAUCGGCAUAAGUACUCUACGACUGUCAUGAAUGUGUUCGGAGUUUCACUAUCUGCUCACAACACAUCUGAUAAAACUUCCAACCUAAAUGU